AUGAUUUCACUAGUCGAAUUAACUGAAUAUAGAGCAACUCGAUCACAUUCUCAAUACAAAUUAAAUCUAAUAGAUUUCGAUGACUUUGCAUACAACUUAAAUAAAACCAUCUAUAAUUAUUAAAAAUGCUAAACUGGAAAUAACAACGAUAAAUUAUCUAAAUUUAGAUAAUCAAAGAGUGUCUUAAAAGCUGAUCUUUAAAAAAAUAAACCUUCAGUAUACAAAACCUUCAAUAGAAAUGCACCUGGUUUUGAUGAAAAUGAAACUAAAGAAUUAUUAGAACAUAUUAUACAGUUAGAAUAUUUAUUUGUCUAAUAUAAUAAAUACUUUCCAGAUCAUAGCAAUCCUAUUCUAAUUAAUAAUUAUCUGAAUUGUUUAAGUUUAAAUAAAGAAAGUAUGACAUUUAAAUUAUUUAUAGAAUUCUUUAACAAUUAUACUUAAAAUAUAUCUGAAACUCUUUAAAUGUCUAUUCUAAGAAAUUCACAAUAAAGAAUUGCAGAUGAUAUAUCUGAUGAAAUGUUAAUUAAAUAUCUAAUUAAUGAGAUUAAUAGAAGAAAUAAAUAUGAAAAAAAUAUGGAUCUAAUUCGAAGUGACUAAACUAAAUUUUCUAAACUUUCUCAAAAUUAUGAAUUACAUAAGAAAACCAAAUAAUUAGAACAAACUAAAUCAAACCUAUUAGUAGCAUCUAUGAAACUUGUAUUUUUAAAUGUAUUUAUUAUUCUAUUAAAUAGUACUAAAAUUAACCAGUUUAUAUUAGAUUCCCAUUAUAUAAUAAAAAUAAAUAAUUAUGUAUAGACAUGGAAAAACUAUUAAAAUAAGGUGAGGCUUAUGAUUUAUUUAAAUAAUGGAGUCAAUAUAUAGAUAUUACUUCAUCUCACUCUGAAAUAACUUUAUUAAUCUCAAUUAUUCAGGAUCUCUUAUAAGAAGAUAGUUGGAUAUUAAAUUCUAUUAUUUAAUAGAUCUCUGGAAAAUAGAUAUUUAAAUUAGAAAGGAUUAUAUUAUAAAUUGGUGCUUUAAAUUAAUUUUGUUCUAAUUGUUUGUAAACCAUGGAUAAAAGUCAUACUUAAAUAUCAGAAUUAUUGUAACAUAAAUUAUAAAAUCUGAUACCUUCAUUUAUAAUAAGAAAUAGCAUCAAAUUAGAAAAGCAUAUUAUGAUAAUGUAGAAUUCAUAAGAUGAGAUAUCAAAAGGAGAUAAUAGACAUUCUAUAGAGAAUUAAUUAUUACAUUUAAACAACUUAAAAAUGUGUUUAAUUCCUUAAGGAUUAUUUAGUUAAUUAUGUUUUAUUCAUAGAUAUUGUACUGAAAAUAAUUAAAAUGAUCAUGAAAAAGCUAUGGAAUCCUAAUUAUUCGAGCAACCGCACGAAUUAAAUUAACCUAAUAUAAAAAAGGGAUUAAUUCGACAUGAAUCUCGUAGAACUAGUUUAAAGGAAAACAAAGGAUAUUAAAUUGAAUAACUUAAUUAACCAUACCUUUUGUAAAAAUUUACUGAAAUGAAAUUCACUUCAACUAUUUUUAUGGAUAAUAAUGUAGAUAAAUUAGAAUGGAAAAAUAUUAUAGAGAAUGUUAAAGAAGAGAAAAAAGAGUCAAAAGAAUCUAGAAGUUCCAAAUCUUAAUCUUCAAAUAUAUCAUUUUAGUUAAAUUAUAAUGAUGAAUACUUUUUGAGAUAAAUGAAGAACUUCUUAUAAAAACAAGAAGAAAAAAUAUAAUGA